AUGCCAGAUGUCACAGCUAAGAUGUCUCCAGCUGGCAUUGGAUUUUUUCUUCUUCUCUUGCUUCCAUAUCAAGCCGAGAGUGUGACAGUUCAGCAGUCUCAGUCCAGACUAGUCAAUGUGACGGACAGGGUAGAGAUCAAAUGUAGUCACAAUGACAACGAUCUCUAUGUCAUGCUCUGGUACCAGCAAAGAGAGAACCAACUGAUGAGCCUAAUUGGAUACAGCUACGAUAUCAAUCCGCCCCAGUAUGAGCAGCAGUUUCUAGAUCAAAUUGAGAUUGUUAGGGAAACCAAACUGAGAGGAGCUCUGAUCAUUCACAGUGUGAAUCUGUCAGACUCAGCUGUGUAUUUCUGUGCUGCCAGUACACAGGUGACCAACUACAACCCUGCUUACUUUGGCAGUGGCACCAAAUUGACAGUCUUAGAAUCAAACCGUACUGUCACCCCGCCAAAAGUGAAAGUGUUCAAACCUUCAAAAAAUGAGUGUCAAAACAGCAAAAACAAGAAAAAGAAGAAGACCUUGGUGUGUCUGGGUUAUGGUUUCUACCCGGACCAUGUGAGUGUGUUCUGGCAGAUCGAUGGGGAUAAAAUCACAGAUGGCGUGGCGACCGACAAUGCUGCUCUGCGGGACGGGGACUAUCCAUGUGUCUAUGUGACCAACUACAACCCUGCUUACUUUGGCAGUGGCACCAAAUUGACAGUCUUAGAAUCAAACCGUACUGUCACCCCGCCAAAAGUGAAAGUGUUCAAACCUUCAAAAAAUGAGUGUCAAAACAGCAAAAACAAGAAAAAGAAGAAGACCUUGGUGUGUCUGGGUUAUGGUUUCUACCCAGACCAUGUGAGUGUGUUCUGGCAGAUCGAUGGGGAUAAAAUCACAGAUGGCGUGGCGACCGACAAUGCUGCUCUGCGGGACGGGGACUAUUACAAAAUCACCAGCAGGCUGAGGGUCCCACUCAGGAUUUGGUCAACACCAGGCAAGAGGUUCACCUGCACCGUCAACUUCUUCAAUGGAAACACAACUGUGCAAAAUUCAAUGUCGGUCGAAGGAGAUGGAGCAAAAAGAGAGGAAUAUUUGAAGAUCACGCACACUGCCAAGCUGCCCUAUGCUGUUUUCAUCGCCAAGAGCAGCAUCUACGGAGCCUUUGUGGUGUUCAUCGUGUGGAGACUUCAGGGGUCAUCUGGAAAACAGAACAACUGACCGCUGAGCUGCACAAACCAGCUGGUUCUCCUUUUAACUGUAAAUAAAAAUUUAAAGGUAUGAAUGUUGAUUUGCAUUUUGCCUUCAACGCGAAAUCAGCUAAUCGCAUUCUGCACAAAUAAGAGCAACUUGCUGGAUUUAAAAGCACGUGAAUCAUUUGAUAUCCAAUUUUGACUGACACUUUGCUGUCUGUUGUUUGUGAACUGCUUCAAGUUGAAUUUCAUUCUCAAUAAAAGCUUUUCAGAAGACA